AUGAGUGACGAUGUGCCAAAAGCUGGCGAAUGGCCAGUAGAUCCUCAAGAGGAUCAAGAGAUUCUCAAAGAGCGCAUAUGGGUCGACGGCUGCUUCGACUUUGCCCACCAUGGCCAUGCUGGUGCCCUAUUCCAGGCACGCCAACUCGGAAAGGCGUUGUAUGUAGGUGUUCAUUCGGAUGAAGAAAUCCUGGAGAACAAGGGCCCGACUGUCAUGACCUUGGACGAGCGGUUGGCUGCUGUUGAUGCGUGCCGAUGGUCGACCAAAUCGGUUCCCUACGCACCAUAUGUUACAGCCUUACCGUGGAUCUCACACUAUGGAUGUUGGUAUGUUGUCCAUGGCGAUGACAUCACUUCCGAUGCCAGCGGCGAAGACUGCUACCGCUAUGUCAAGGCUGCCCAACGGUUCUUAGUGGUGAAAAGAACCCCUGGCAUAUCGACUACUGAUCUGGUCGGCCGAAUGCUGCUAUGUACUAAGGGCCAUUUCAUCAGAUCCUUAAUGGACGAACUUGAAGGUGUCUCCGAAGGCAAGGCCGACUCCGAACGUGUCAAAGCAGGGGCUGCUAUGCUCCAAAGAAUAAAGGACUACGCUACAGAUGAGACGGCUCUGCACCCCGGGUCAGAAGUCUGGACGUGGGGCCCAGGCAGCAAGGCCAAUUCUGCACAUGAAACCCACGAUUCUGGCUUCUUCAAACGACUUGUCUCAGGAAAGGGUCCGCAGCCGGGCCAACGCAUCGUCUACGUCGAUGGAGGCUUCGAUCUCUUCUCAUCUGGGCAUAUUGAGUUUCUGAAGCGCGUCAACGAGGCAGAACAGGGCAAAGCCUACGUCAUUGCAGGAGUCCACAACGAUGCCGUAAUCAAUCAUUGGAAAGGGCUCAACUAUCCAAUCAUGAACAUCUUCGAGCGUGGUCUCUGUGUGCUGCAAUGCCGCUACGUCCACUCCAUCAUCUUUGGCGCUCCAUUCUCACCUUCGAAGCAGUACCUCGAGGCCAUCCCGCUGGGCCAAGUCAGCGCAGUGUACCAUGGCCCCACGGCCUUCAUGCCCUCGACGUACGAUCCAUACACGGAUGCUAAGGAAAUGGGCAUUCUGCGAGAAAUAGAAUCUCAUCCUUACGCAAACGUCAAUGCUGGCGAGAUCGUCAAGAGAAUUAUGAAAGGCCGACAAGCCUUUGAGGAACGCCAAAGGCGGAAGGGUGAGAAGGCAAUUGGCGAAGAAGUCACACGUCAGCGCGAAAUCAUGGAGCAGAAACAGGCCGCCAUUGAAGAAGAGCGGCGGGCGGCUUUGAAUUGA